AAUAGCCUCAUGCUUUUUUUCUUAAGCGUCUUUUUCAUAUCGUGGUCAAUUAAUCGUUGGCAAUGGUCGAGGUCACGUGUGCCAUAUUUUUUGGCAAAUCUCCCAAAUUUUUUACUUCUCCAGAAAACAGCAACAUUGGCCCUCUCAUUGCAAUGAAUUCCCUCACAAAGUUGCUCCCCAGCAUCACCUCGGCUGUAGCGACCAGAAGCUCUCGACCAAUAAUUUCAGCAUGUUUUCAUAGCAGUGUCACUGCUCGACAAGCUGCUUCCACUGCUGAUCAGCAGCCCGCAUGGACCCCUCAGUCACAAAGAGUUGGUGUCAUUGCAAGAAAGAAGGGAAUGUCUACAUUCUGGGACGAAUGGGGUGCUAGAAUGCCUACAACUAUUCUCCAGCUCGAAGAUGUUCAAGUUCUUGAUGUUCGAACAGAGGAGAAACACGGAUAUACAGCCCUGCAGGUCGGAUGUACCAACAAGAAGAAUGUCACCAAGCCCGUGGCCAUCCACUAUUCCAAACUUAAUGUCGAACCAAAGCAGUCCGUAGCUGAAUUCCGAGUUACGGACGAUGCCUUGUUGCCAGUGGGUACCAUAUUGAACGCUGCCCAUUUUGUUCCUGGUCAAUAUGUUGAUGUGACCGCACCCUCAAUUGGUAAAGGAUUUGCUGGUGUCAUGAAACGAUGGAACUUUGCCGGUCUUCCAGCUUCCCAUGGUGUUUCUUUGGCGCAUAGAUCUGCUGGUUCCACUGGUCAGCGAAAGUGGCCAAGCAAAGUUUUUAAGGGCAAGAAGAUGGCUGGUCGCAUGGGUGGCAAGAGCGUGACUGUCCAAAGUCUCAAGGUUCUAAAGAUUGAUACUGAGCUUAACCUUGUUUAUGUCAAGGGUUGCGUUCCUGGUUUUGAUGACCAGUUCGUCAAGAUCAAGGAUGCUGUCAAAAAGCAUGGUGCUAAGCGAUUCCCUAGUGACACAUUGCCACCACCUUUCCCAACUGUCAAAGAUGCCGAUUUGCAGGCAAUGCCUCGAGAACUAAUUGCCAACAGUGGUGAAGGCAAAGAUCCUUUCACUACCAAGGAGUAGAAUAGAGAAAUAUCCACACUGUACAUGAAUCCAUAGAGGUUAUUAACGCCAGCGAUAGUCUAAAAAGUUUUUUUUUCUUUUACAAUACACGACUGAAUUUAUUAACAUAUCUCGGUUUAUUAUCAU